UCGGAAGUACUAGCACAAAGCUCCCUGAUUAGAGAAUGCAAGGUGCAUAUUAAAAAAAUUUAGCGAUCGGUAUGUCUCAUGACCGGAGAGGCAAGAGAUGACACUAUUGAUGAAGUAGCAAGCCUUUUACCAAUUGAAACGGUUGAGGUAUGUCUGGAGGUGGAAGAAAAACUAAGAAAACCCGAAUUCACACAGGCUAUGACCACGUAUAUCUACAAACUGAAGGGUGCAUCCGAUGACAUCGAAAACGUUUUUAGAAAUAUUUUUACAGACUGCCUCCUCGAGUCCUUUAAUUGGGAUGGAAGAGGCGAAAAACAUGCCCUAGGCGAACUAAGGCUCAUUAAAACCAUUUUCCGAG